AUGAAAACCGGAAUAUUCGAGUUGACAAAAUGCAGAAGCAGCGAUUUGAAAGAAGCCCUCCCGCGGUUCAACCGAGCCGAAACGAAAAAAAAUAUGGAGAAGGAGGUGCUUGCCAAGGUCGGCCUGGUUGCACGUCUGCAACUUCAGCUUCAAGACCUCGAGGAUGCCAGUGCUGUUAUGGAUUCGUUGUUAAAGGCCAAAACUGGGCUCGAGGAGAAGUACAAGGCCUUUGGGCUAUGUAUCGUUCUUCCGAGCUCCUACAUGUCGUGGUUGGAGAAGCGGCCUUGGUUAUUGCAAGCCAUCUGCUUUGGUUCUUCUACGCCGCAAGAUCGCGAGUUGAGCAGCACUUUGCAGAACGGCGACGUUGGCUACACUGGAGGUCUUGACACUUUGAAGACUCGCCUGUGCCUCGCAUGCCUUACUGGUCAAACGGUUCUCACUCGGGCGAUGCAAAAGAACAAGAAGAUCGGCACGCAAUUCCCCGCGACCUUGGAUGUUCUUAUGAGCUUCCUCAAAGAUGAUUUGAAGAAAGUGAGAUUCAAACUUGAUGGCAUAUCUUCCAGAAAGCUAUGCUAUAUGGGAUUGGCUGGGGACCAGAAGUGGUUCCAACAGAUCCUGCAUUUGCCUGUGCCUCAGACGGGUACAUCGUUUUUCUCAAUGCUAGUUCAUCCCUGGCUCAGUCCUCGACACUGGAAGGGGAACGGCGAGGCCAAUGGAAACAGGCCCGGACAUGCUCUCGUUCGGCUUUGA